ACUACUGCGUUGAUUCACUUUAUUGCUCAACACAAAAUACUGAUACACCGAAAACAUUAGGAUUUUUCAUAUUUUGGUGUUUUUUAUUUGUUAUGAUUAUGUUCAUAAUCGUUGGGUCAAUGUACGAUUUUUACUCAAAGGAAGAUUCUAUGUCAAAGUGUAAAUUAAUCUUCGUAGCGUUCUCAAUUCAAUCGAAUCUGAAAAAAUUAUUUUACAACAGUACAAAAAAUACAGAAUUUUCUUGCUUUUAUUUCCUUAAAGCUCUAGCAUGUGUAGUUAUUUUGUUCGGGCAUCGGAUGAUGUACAGUGUUUCAUAUCCAGUUUACAAUAUGAAUGAUAUUGAAACGGCAUUUGAAAUUCCUUUUUAUGGAAUAUUUAUCAAUGGACCUAUUGUAGUAGAUAUUUUUUUCACCAUCAGUGGUUUUCUAACGUUUAUCAGUAUGUACAAUGCACUAGAAAAGAUCAAACGAUGUAAUGUGCUGUUAAUUCUAUUUUUAAGAUGGUGCAGACUGAUUCCAGUUUACGGUCUGAUGAUAGUUUUUAUUGCAUUUGUAUUUUUCCACGUAUCGGAUGGUCCCAUGUGGAAAUCCAUUGCCGUCCGAGAGUCAGAAAAUUGUUUGAAAAAUUGGUGGACCAACGUGUUGUUCGUAAACAAUUACGUUGACACGGAACACCCAUGCGUAAUGCAGUCUUGGUAUCUGGCGUGCGAUUUGCACAUGUGUGCCCUGGGCGUAUCGAUGGUAUACCUAGUCUGGAAAUAUCCAAAAUGCGAAAAAAUUGCUCUGCUGACCGCUAUACUCGCGUCCUGUUUCGCUUCGGCCUAUAUCGUAUAUCAACAUAAUUACUAUCCAACGUUUAUUGGUUUCAUUAA